AUGAGGCCUUCUCGGCGGCGGCCGCUGCAGUUCGUGCCGCACUUCGUCCCCGGGCGGCCGCACCCGAGAGACAUGAGUUCCAGUCCUGUUCAGAUGGAGCCAGACUUAAACCCCCAGGAGGAGAAGCAGCAUCGAAAAAGCACUCCAAGAAGAUCUUCACAAGCUCCACGAGAAGACCUUGACGGCCCUCCAGCCACGUCUUUUAAGCCUCUGUGUCCUGCUAAGCCCUCCCCCAGUUUUCUUGAACUGCCCUCGACUCAGUGGAGGCCCAAUCCAGUCCUGCCAUACCCCGGGGCUGCACGGACGGGGAAAGGAAAGCCGCAUUUUUCUCCGGACCACCAGCCGCAGGAAUGCUUCGGCCUCCUUGAAUGCCUGCACAACAACAUGCAGGUGCAGACCCAGAUCGCACAGGAGCAGCUGGCUCUGCUGCAGGACAUCCGGGAGUCCAUGAACCUCCUGAUCUCCCAGCAGGACCAGCAGAACGGAGAGCUGCGGGGCCAGCUGGAGCAGCGCCCCCCAAGGUCCCCCUCGCCCCACCCGGGCAGCUAACAGGGAACGCUGGUGCCCCUCUCUUGGAUGCAGGCCUUCUGCGGGCCUCCUGGGCAGGCGUUGC